GGAACUUUCAAUAAUAAUCGACGCGUAUAAAAGACCUAGCCGGCAGGAGUACAGCAUUCAGUAGCUCUCGAGUAGUCUGACAAAGAAGUUCACGAUGAGAUUUCUGAUCGCUUUCGUUGCCAUCCUGGGCUAUGCUUCGGCUAGCGCCAUCCUCGCCCCCCUCGUGUACGGCGCCAACCCCGGCGACGUCCAGGCCGCUGCCAUCGACGCGACCGUUGCCGCUCGGGACACCGUCCGCGCCAUCGGGGAGGGUCAGGCCCGCGCCGCUGAAGCCGUGAUCCAGCACAACACCGAGGCAGUCCGCCAGGUUGCCGAAACCAACCGCAACCUCCACGAGAACGCUUACUGGGGUAGUUUAGCCGCUUCCCAGAACUACGUCGCCGCCGCUCAAUCUCAGGCCGCCGCUCUUGAUGGAGCCGCCGCUGCCGCACGCGCCUCAUACGCCGCAGCCGGUUACCCAUACGCCGGACUGGCUUACGGUGCCGUGCCUUACGCUGGCCUCGCCGCCUACAACGCGUACGGCCUCCCCGCUCUCCGCGCUUGGUAAAUCACUUAAACAGCGAUGCACCGUUCGGGAGUGCUCUCGACGAUGUUUGAGGAAGCGUCCGAACGCGGCUAGCUGGCGAUGGGAACGUCUGCGUUUAACGCAGGCGUUGUCACCCCAGCUAGUUUUCCGAUAACCUCAUGAUAUCAAAGGAACCCGAUUGCUCAAUGGAAAAACAACAACGGUCUCAAAUUAACUCUCUUUGUACAUAAGCGAAUCUCAAGCCAUCACUGCCAAAGUGUAAAUAAACACAUUACAACAAAAUUGAAUCUGUUUCAUUAUCCGCAAACACUGGACUACUUCAUCCGGAAUAUUUCUAAAUAAAUUAAUGCGAACAUUUAA